GUAACAGUGACGGUGUAGUUCGAACUGCCGCUCGGGUGGGGUAGCUGGCUCUUGUGUGAGUGUUUCUAUCUUUUCUUUUCUUUCUUUUUUUUUGUGCCGACCAGACAACCGCAGAGGGCUCGCUUUGCGUUAUGCUCGUUCCGGGGUUCCGCUGCCAGCCGCUGUACUCCGUACGCUUUCUGUCGGUGAUACACACACAAACGCACACACGCACGCACACCGAGUGAUGCGCGACCAGCCAGCUCCAUCUCUCGCAAAUCUCAACACGAGGUGACUUGAGCAGCAUAUGACAUUUUCCAGGUCCUCCUUUGAACCAAAUGCUAGAGCUGCUCUGCCCACUUAAAGAUAUCAGGUAAAACCCACAACAAUGCAUGGCCUGUAAGCCGCCAACCAUGGCUCAAAGGAAGAGGCCAGGGACCAGUGGAGGAAAUAGUAUGGCUGCCCCAGGUCCCGCCUCCUGUCCUACCACCCACGCUACAGAGUCAUGUGAUCUGAAAGCAGUAGCGGCGCGGCAACGCCCACACCGCUACCCCAAAGAAUCGCGUGAGCCGAAACCUCUCCCUCUCCCUCACUCCUGCAAGGCACAAUAUUCUUCUCCCAAGUCUCAAGACACGGGGCGCAGUCAUCCAGAAGCGGAUGCAGAUCAGGAGGAGGAAGUGAAGCGGUACAGCAACCACGAACCAGACGCAGAACUUCAGGAUCAGCGUCCAGCAACACCAUCCACGCCGGAACAUAACCACGACCGAGAUGACCCUAACCAGGGGGACUUCCACGGUGGAGCCGACAGCCUGGAUGAUGAUUCCAGCUCUGAUUAUAUAAACAACACCUCAGAUGAUGAUGACUAUGAUGACGGGUUGGCAGAGGAGGAUGAAGGUGUUACUUACUACAUCCGCUACUGCCCAGAGGAUGACAGCUACCUGGAGGGCAUGGACUGCAACAACCAGGGAGACUGCAACCACAGCCACAGCCGGGGGGACUGCACCAGCACCAUGCAGCUCGGCGGGUCCCACACUGAUGAAUGCCAGGAAGCUGUGGAGGGCUGGACUGAAGAGGGGGAGGGGCAAGCGAGAGAAGAAGAAUGGGUGGAAGAUGAGGAGGGGGAAGGGGCAGCGAGGGAAGAGUGGAGAGAAGAGGAGGAAGAGGUGAGGGAAGAGUGGAGAGAAGAGGAGGAAGGGGUGAGGAAAGAGUGGAGACAGGGAGAUGAGGAGCCGCGAGAGGAAUGGAGGGAGGAGUGCCAGGCCAGGCAGGAGCAGUGGGCGGGUCGUGAGAGGCACCGAGUGGAGGAGUGGGGUGAGGGAGAGGGAGAGGUCCGCUGUGAGGUGGUGGAGCAAGAUCCCGAUGAGCAGAUAUACAACGGACGACCGGAGCCCAUCCUGGACCAUCACCACCACCAUCAUCACCACCACCAGCCUGCCACGCAGGAUGCCGCACACACCCGAAGGGCUGACAGAGAAGAAGAGGAGGCGGAGAGCGAGGACUACUGCCCUAACGAGGAUGAAGAAGAGGAAGGCGAGGAGGAGGAGAGAAAUGGAAGGGCCUACACCGGAGACUACUACGCCCCUGAAGACAAUGGGAACUCGGUGCGAGUCUCUCCCUACCGAAGCCGUAAAGUGCUGGUGGUUGAGGGGGAAACAGGGGAGGAAGCUGAGGAGGACAUUGAUCAAAUUGUUGCUGAGAUUAAGAUGAGUAUGAGCAUGGGGAGUCUCAGCAGUGGCACAGACCAAAGCCCGGAAGAGCUGGCACAGGACCCCGCACCAAGUGACUACCCUCACUCCAAGCCCGACGCAGCACCUUACCCUCCACCUCACCACCGACACGACAGUAGGCCCAAGUCCCUCAACCUCCCCUCCAUGCACCACAACAACCCUGAUCUCCAGCGGGGCCACAAGACGCAUCCACGCUCACCUGAUGACAGGCAGAGAUGGCCCCAAGAGCAGGUGAGCAAUGGCGCAGAGCAACCCAGAAAACAGCAGCGGUCCGACCUCAACGUCCCCCUGGAGAACAACAACGUACCAGAGCCUACAAAGAAGGUCGCAUCCUUCCCCAGCUUUGUCGAUGUCCCAGGACCCUGUGAGCCAGAAGACCUGAUUGAUGGGAUUAUCUUUGCUGCUAACUACCUGGGCUCCACUCAGCUGCUGUCUGAGAGGAACCCCUCCAAGAACAUCCGAAUGAUGCAGGCCCAGGAGGCCGUCAGCAGGGUCAAGAGGGUACAGAAGGCUGCCAAAAUCAAGAAAAAGGCGAGCGCAGAUGGAGACGCCCAAACCCUUACCGAGGUUGAUCUGUUUAUCUCCACCCAGAGGAUCAAAGUCCUCAACGCAGACUCACAGGAAACGAUGAUGGACAACGCACUCCGCACUAUAUCCUACAUUGCCGACAUUGGGAACAUUGUUGUCCUGAUGGCAAGACGCCGGAUGCCACGCACAGCCUCACAGGACUGCAUUGAAACUACACCCGGAGCGCCCGAGGCAAAGAAGCAGUACAAAAUGAUAUGCCACGUCUUUGAGUCUGAGGAUGCCCAGCUUAUUGCUCAGUCCAUCGGCCAGGCUUUCAGCGUAGCUUACCAGGAGUUCCUGAGAGCCAAUGGCAUUAACCCCGAGGACCUGAGUCAGAAGGAGUACAGUGACAUCAUCAACACCCAGGAAAUGUACAAUGAUGACCUCAUCCACUUCUCCAACUCUGAAAACUGCAAAGAGCUGCAGCUGGAGAAGAGUAAAGGGGAGAUCCUGGGUGUGGUGAUUGUGGAGUCUGGCUGGGGCUCCAUCCUGCCCACAGUUAUUUUAGCCAACAUGAUGAACGGCGGCCCAGCAGCUCGCUCUGGCAAGCUCAGCAUCGGAGACCAAAUCAUGUCCAUCAACAACACCAGCCUAGUGGGGCUGCCGCUCGCCACCUGUCAGGGAAUCAUUAAGGGCUUAAAGAACCAGGUCCAGGUGAAAAUGAACAUUGUCAGCUGCCCUCCUGUUACUACAGUCCUCAUUAAGAGACCAGAUCUAAAGUAUCAGCUGGGCUUCAGUGUUCAGAAUGGCAUUAUAUGCAGUCUGAUGCGAGGAGGCAUUGCUGAGCGAGGUGGGGUCCGGGUAGGUCACAGGAUCAUAGAGAUCAAUGGUCAGAGUGUGGUGGCCACAGCACACGAGAAGAUUGUCCAGGCUCUCUCGAACUCUGUUGGCGAGAUUCACAUGAAGACCAUGCCGGCAGCCAUGUUCAGGCUUCUAACGGGACAGGAGACCCCCAUGUACAUAUAAAGAACAGCCAAGAACCGCCCCACGGGACAGGCAGUCAGCUGCGGUGGGUUAUCAUACAAACAAACCUGACUGGUUACGGGGUGGAGGAUUACUCCUCCCUGUCCUUUCAAUUCUCUCUUCUUUUUCUUUUCUUCGUCUUUGGGCUGAUGACUCCAACUCCUCAUCAUCUCUCUAGUCUGUGCUUAACAUGCAACAGCCAUUAUAUUGAUACUGGAUGCCUAAUCCACUCGACCAGCUGAAGAGACAGAGUGUAUGUGUUUGUGUGUGGAUGUGCGUGGAUACUGUUUGCUAUUUAUUUGUCCUGUCUGUGUGGACUUACCGAACGAAUACGUCACAGUUUAUUUUUUUAUAUUCAUGUAAUGCAAUAUGAUACUUCUACUCUACUUUCUUGUAUAUUUCCAUUUUCAUUUCUGUUAAUUUAUUCUCAUGUAAAUACAUAUUUUGCUAAUAUUGUGAGUGCGGACGGGGGGGGGGGCAGCGCUGUAUUGUAAAUAUUUACUGAAUCUUGCCAUCGAACUGAGGCCAUGAUGAUGGCAAAGACACAACUUAAUGCCGGAUAUCAUCAAAAGGGGAACGAGUUACGUGUCUGAAAUGUUGGGUUUAGAUGUGCUAAGUGAAUAAAAUAACAUACAUGUGACUCAAGCCAAUUCUUGGAGCAGGGGUGUACGGGAGAAACGCCAUAUCCUUUUACUUUACGACAUUUUAAGGCAAUACACGAGUUCAACUUCUGAAUGGCAAGUCUUUUCUAAAUCAAACACUCACAUUUAAAUAAUAUUAACAUGCAUCAGUUAUGCUUUGGAUAUCAAGUCACAGGUAUGAAAAGUUUCUUUUGUGUGCUUCUCUGCUGUGUGUUCAUCUCUAGUGUUCUGACUGAAACUCAUGCAUACUUUGAGUGGACUGUGAAUGUAACUUUGUUGUGUGAGCUGUCUCAUUGCCAUACGCAGUAUUAGAAUGUCUGUACAUAAAUAAAAAACUUGUCUAGUAUUGUGCUCAUGUUAAAAAAUAAAAUAACAAAAAAACCCAAAACCUCACAGGUUUAAGUCACCGCAAACGUCCUCCCAGCUAUAUGUUGCCCUUCAUUCUUGAGAGGGAAAGAGAGAACUGUGAAUCACACACUGUGACAGACAAAAAAAAGCCUUACUGGGGAGUAAUGGCUUUCCAAUGCAUUGUAGUAAAUUUUAACCGUAAGAACAUUAUCUGUGUGCAUGCCUCGUAAAGUAGAAUCAUGUCAUUGUGACAGGAUAAUAAAAUAUGAGCUAAA